UGAAAAUUUUCUCCAGCGAAACUUCCCCGACUUUUCGCUCCCAACCGAUUGUCGUCUCUAUCUUCUUCACUGCGAAAAUUCAUCGAAACAAUUCCUCUUUUUUGGAGGGAAAGAAAAGGGGAACGUAUCUGAAGGGAAAAUCCGAUCAUCGUUAUAGGAGGAAGAGGGUGAAUACGAGACGGAGGGUGGGGGGAGAGAAAUGGGGGAUCAUCUGGUGAGAGGGGAGGAAUUCGAGAAGAAUGCUGACAAGAAGCUCAAUGGUUGGGGUCUGUUUGGUUCUAAGUACGAGGAUGCUGCCGAUCUCCUCGAAAAAGCUGCUAAUUCCUACAAGCUCGCCAAAGCAUGGGAUAAAGCAGGAGUAACUUAUGUGAAGAUGGCUAACUGUCACUUAAAGUCAGAUAGCAAACAUGAUGCUGCUAAUGCCUACGCUGAAGCUGCCAAAUGCUACAAGAAAAUAAAUACAAAUGAGGCUGCAUCUUGCUUAGAGCAAGCAGUAAAUAUAUUUUGUGAGAUAGGAAGGCUUGGCAUGGCUGCACGAUAUUAUAAGGAAAUUGCUGAGUAUUAUGAAUCUGAUCAAAACAUCGACCAAGCUAUUGCUUACUUUGAAAAGGCAGCUGAAUUUUUUCAAAAUGAAGAAGUAACAACUUCUGCUAACCAGUGCAAUCUAAAGGUGGCGCAAUAUGCUGCCCAGAUGGAGCAGUAUGACAAGGCAAUCCAGAUUUAUGAAGAAAUAGCCCGCCAGUCCCUCAACAAUAACUUGCUGAAAUAUGGAGUUAAGGGGCAUCUUCUCAAUGCUGGCAUUUGCCAUCUAUGCAAAAGCGAUGUUGUUUCCAUUAGCAAUGCAUUGGAGAAGUAUCAGGACCUUGAUCCAACUUUUUCAGGAACUCGGGAGUGCAAGUUCUUGGCGGACAUUGCCUCUGUUAUUGAUGAGGAGGACGUUGCAAAGUUCACAGAUGUCGUCAAGGAAUUCGACAGCAUGACACCUCUGGAUUCAUGGAAGACAACACUAUUACUAAGGGUGAAGGAAAAGCUGAAGGCCAAGGAGCUAGAGGAGGACGACCUUACCUAAGUAUCUUAUCUGCUUCUGCCGGCAGAUUUACUUCAAAAACAAUGGUUUUUUUUUUUUGGUUGGUGUUCUUCUCUUACUCUCAAUGCCUAUAUGAAAGCUCAAGUGCUAUAUUCUGCUGAAAUUGUGUGUGUGGGGUUUGAAUUUUAGGUUAAGAGGGUUUGGUCGACAUGUGUGUGGCAUGCUAUUAUUACUGAUCGAGGUUUGUCCUGGUUUCACUAUUUCAUUUACGGACUUUGCCCAUUGAAACA